AUGUCAGAAAAUUUCGUCGCGCCCGGCCAACAGCGCUACCUACGCGCGUGCAUGGUCUGCUCCAUCGUCAUGACUUACUCCCGCUUCCGGGACGAAGGAUGCCCCAAUUGUGAAGAGUUUCUCCACCUCCAAGGCUCCCCCGAUCAGAUCGAAAGCUGCACGUCCCAGGUGUUUGAGGGCGUCAUCACGCUGUCCGACCCAACUAGGUCUUGGGUCGCGAAGUGGCAGCGUCUCGACAAGUACGUGCGCGGAGUGUACGCGACCAAGGUGUCUGGCCAGCUUCCGGACGACGUGCGAACGACGAUUGAGGAAGAGUACCGCAUCACGUAUAUCCCACGUGACGGUAGUGCAACGGAGGCAGACUAA